AUGAGUUUUAAAUACCAAGAUGGCAUAGGGAAUCUAGCACCUAACUUUCCUAUUCCUCCCACUUCAACUCCAGAUAAUGUAACAAUAGAUGAGAAAAAGAAGAAAAAGAAAAAGGACAAGAAGAAAAGAUCAAGUUCAUUGUCAGCACCUUACUUUGAACCUGGAGAGUUUGUAAAAGGUUUGCCUGAUGAAAAGGACUAUGUUUACAACUAUGACAAUGUUAUCGAUGUACAAGUAGAUACUGAAAAGCAAUGGACUGAAGCUACGCUUGCAAAUUACCUCAAAGAUGCCGGGUUUGUUAGAGGUUCAUUAGAUGGCUACCAAUACAAAAAGUCAAGAUCAAACAUCAUUCCUCUCUUUAUCCAUUUUACAAACAAGAUCUUGUUUCAAGCUGGUAAACAUCACAACAAUGGUGUUUUUCAGGUUGGAGGUGAAAACUCUAAAGUAGUAAGAGAGGAGUUUGUGGAAGCAUUCUCUUUCAUUGGAUCUGAUGUAUUGGGAAAGAUGGGAACUAGAUUACCUCCACCAUAUUGUAUGAUGGCAACUUUACUUGUUGUCGCAGGAUACACAAUGGGCUUUCCAAAUUAUUGUCAAGGUCGUCUUGCAGAUACUAUUAAGCAUACUUUGGUCAAGUUCAACCUCGAGAUUCCACGUAACCAUCAAGACCUAGCUAUCAAGACUCAAUAUCAUUACAAUCGAUACUUUAGUAUGGUUGAUAAACAAAGAAUGGUUGAAUGGGACAAGUCCAAUUUAACAAACUACCUAAAGUACAAUUUAAUCGGACAGUACAGUACAACAAGGUAUCCACCAACUGAAGAGAAUUAUGAAAGAAUUAUUGCAAUGUCUAAAAUGAUUAUGAUUGAAGUAUUUUUCAAUAACUACAACAAUGAAGACAAGCCAGUAGAUGAUACCGAUUCAGUUGAAGUGGUACUUUGUAAGAUGGGUCAUAUGGUUUACAAGUAUUGGGCAAAGCAAGAUGAAUGGGCUCAUGACAUGAGAAUAAGAGUCCUAGUUGUUACCCUUUUGGCAUUUCAAACAGGUCUUGUCAAUUAUUUCUUUCCGCCAUUGAUUCCUGAUUACAUCAAGUCAGUUGUACUUGAUUAUUAA